AUGGGUUCUGAAGGAUCCAGCGUUGUAGUUCCUAGGAAUUUCAGAUUAUUGGAAGAGCUUGAGAGAGGCGAGAAGGGAAUUGGGGAUGGAACUGUUAGCUAUGGAAUGGACGAUGCUGAUGACAUAUAUAUGCAGUCUUGGACUGGGACUAUUAUUGGUCCCCCUGGUACUGUGCACGAAGGACGUAUCUACCAGUUGAAAUUGUUUUGUGGCAAGGAUUAUCCAGACAAUCCUCCAUCUGUUCGAUUUCAAACAAGGAUUAACAUGACAUGUGUCAAUCAUGAAACUGGAGUGGUUGAGCCACAAUUGUUUCCUAUGCUUGCUAAUUGGAAACGUGAGCGAACAAUGGAAGACAUUUUAUUGCAAUUGAAGAAAGAAAUGAUGUCACCACAGAAUCGGAAGUUAACUCAGCCUCCUGAAGGCAAUGAAGAAGCCAGGAUUGAUCAAAAGGUUGAUGAGAAACCGAUUCCACAGGAUCAAAACGUUCUGCAAAAGCACGUUGGGUUCUUCGACAGGAACCAGGAUGGAAUCAUUUAUCCAUGGGAGACUUUUCGAGGAUUUCGAGCAAUUGGUUGUGGCUAUUUCUUGUCUUUUGUUGCAGCAAUUUUCAUCAAUGGUGGUCUCAGUCACAAAACUCGCCCUGGCAAGUUUCCUUCUCUGCUGCUACCAAUUGAAGUUAAAAACAUUAAGAGAGCCAAACAUGGAAGUGAUUCUGGUGUCUAUGACAGUGAAGGAAGGUUUGUUCCUUCAAAAUUUGAAGAAAUUUUCAGGAAGCAUGCACGAACACAUGCAGAUGCUCUAACAUCUGAUGAAUUGAAGGGUCUGCUUAAGGCAAACAGGGAACCUAAAGAUUAUGCCGGAUGGCUUGCUAGCUACACAGAGUGGAAGAUCCUGUAUGUUCUUGGCAAAGACACUCAUGGUUUACUGCACAAAGACACUAUCCGAGCUGUUUACGAUGGAAGCUUGUUUCAAAAAAUGGAAAAGGAACAUUCACGCAAGAAAAUAAAUAAACAGAAAGAUGAGUAA